AUGCAGUUUCUCGCCGCGGUUGCGGUCUUCGCCACGGCCUUCGCCGCAGUCGUGCGCGCGCAGAAUGCCUCCUCUUCGUUUGUGCCCGCGGCGUCGACGUUCUACCUGCCAGAUACAGAAACGCAGUUCUCGGUCAAUAUCGCGAGUGACUCGCGGGAUUUGUAUUUCUACUUUGCGAGUCCGGCGUAUUCGUGGGUUGGCGUGGGGUUCGGGGCGCAAAUGGAGAACAGCUUGAUGCUGGUCAUGUAUCCGGAUGGGAACGGCGACAAUGUAACGAUAUCUCCGCGCAGCGGCCGGAAAGGAGGCGAACCGACAUUCACCAGCAAUGUCGAGAUUGAGGUCCUCGAUGGUACGAGAGUCGAGGAUGGCAUGAUGAUCUUGCACGCGCGCUGCUCCGACUGCCGCGUCUGGCCCAAUGGAUUUCUCGAUGCUACGUCCCGGGCUCAGAACAUGAUCUACGCGUUUGGCAGCCCCUAUGCGCUGCAGUCCUCGUCGCCGUCGGCGGAUCUCAAGCGCCACGUGAGAUACGGGCACUUCACCAUGGACAUGACUGCCGCGACCGGCACGGGCGGAGUGCCGCUGAAGAGCAAUCUCAGCAACGGCGUGCAGCAACAGGGCAGCAUGACGAAAGACACCGACCGCAAGACGCUCGCGCACGCAGUCCUAGGGUGUCUGGUGCUCUUCAUCGUCUGGCCUCUCGCCCUCCUCCUCGCCACCUUCCUAAAAAACAUCCGCCUCCGUCUCACCCUCUCGAUCAUCGUCCUCGCCUGCCUCACCACCGUCUACGCGCUCGGAAUCUCCUCCUCGGCGCAAUACAACCGCUCCCAAUCCUUCACCACCCCGCACCAACUCCUCGCCCUCAUCACCCUCGCCCCACUACUCCUCCUCGCGGUCCUCCUCGCCCCCGCCCUCUCCGCACUGCACCCCGCUCACGGCCCCCUUGCGGCCCUCACCCUCGCCCUCCUCCUCGUCACCGGCGGUCUGGGCCUGCACCUCGCAGCGCAAACGCGCGCACUGGUGCUGUCCUACACGGGCCUCGCACUACUGGUGCUGGUCGUGCUAGCGUGCGGGAGCGUCAUCGCGCGGCGGCGGGCGCGCGACAGGGGCGCAGCGGAGAGAGCGGAGAUGGCGCUGCUGCGGAAGGGGAGCGAGGCGAGUUUCAAGAGUAGUCUGAAGGGGAGCGCGGGGAGUGCGGGGAGCGCGACUAGUCUUAGGGGGUUUCUGGAUGAGAGUCGCAGGGAGCCUGGGGUCGGGAGCGGGAGCGGGAGGGCAAGGGCCGGUGUGUAUGGUGGCGGGGCGAUGCCUGGGCCGCAGUACUUGCUGAAUAUGCAUCCGGGGGUGCCGGUGCAUUUCGGGGGGAGGAGUGCGUGA